AUUGGGUAUUUUUUUCCAUUGGUGGAGGAGACAGAGAGAGAAAAACAGAAGAACAUGGAGAGAGAAAGCAUAGAGGAUGGGCAGAUAACAAGGUGCCUGCUUGCUGAAGAAAAGCCUCAGCACAUAGAUGCAACCGGUGGUGGGGAUGGUGGUGGUGGCGGUGGUGGCGGUGGUGGUGAUAGUGGUGGUGAUGAAGAAGAGAGUGGUGGUUCCUCCUCCUCUGCCGCCGUCACGGCUGUUGUUGUUCUCAGCACCUUUGUUGCUGUCAGCGGUUCCUUUGCUUAUGGUUUUGCUUUUCUGUUUGUCGGGAUGGUGGCCGUGUAAUCAGAGUGGAUAUUCUUCACCUGCGGAGUCUGGCAUAAUGGCGGACCUGGGCCUCUCCACUGCUGAUUACUCACUUUUUGGUUCAAUGUUGACAAUUGGAGGAAUGUUAGGUUCAAUAGUCAGUGGAAAAGUAGCGGACCUCAUUGGUCGAAGAUUUACAAUGUUGUUGUCUGGAGUAUCUUUCAUCUUGGGGUGGCUUGCAAUAAUUUUUGCAGAGGUUGCUUUGUGGCUCAACAUUGGAAGAGUUUUUUUGGGAUUUGGCAUCGGGACUCAUUGUUUUGCGGCACCUGCAUAUAUCGGUGAAAUCACUCCCAAGAACAGUCGAGGAGCAUUUACAGCAGUUAAUCAGUUAAUGUUAACCUGUGGCUUGUCAAUAGUGUAUUUCGUUGGCAAUGUCGUUACUUGGCGCAUCUUGGCUAUAAUUGGAACUAUACCAAGCCUACUAGAGGUUAUUGGUCUAUUCUUCAUACCAGAGUCUCCAAGAUGGUUGGUAAAGGUUGGAAAAGAAAAGGAAUUAGAAGCAAGUCUACGACGCCUUAGGGGACAAAAUGUUGAUAUUUCUCAAGAAGCAGCUGAAAUCAGAGAUUACCUGGAACUAGCUCAGCAGCUCCCAAAAUCUAGUUUUAUCGACAUGUUUCAGUGGAAAUAUGCUCAUUCGCUAACUAUUGGAGUUGGUAUAGUGUUACUGGCAAUUUUUGGAGGGACGGUUGCGAUUUCCUACUAUGCAAGUUCGAUUUUUGAGUCUGCUGGUUGCUCGGCUACCCUUGGCACUACAGUACUGGCUAUUAUUCAGAUUCCAUUUUCCAUUUUGGGUGUACUCUUAAUGGAUAAAUCCGGGCGACGACCACUAUGGAUGAUUUCUGCAGCUGGAACAUGCGUGGGAAAUAUUCUUGUAGGAUUGGGAUUCCUCUUGAAGGAUUUUGAUCAAAAAAAGGAGAUAACAGCUGCAUUGGUGUUGGCUGGGAUACUGGUGUACGGAUCAUCUUUUUCAAUAGGGAUCAGUGGCGCACCUUGGAUUAUCUUGUCAGAGAUGCUUCCUAUAGACAUAAAGGGUCCAGCUGGAAGUUUUAUUACUUUUCUCGUUUGGGCAAGUUCUUGGAUUGUUGCAUACACUUUUAAUUUUGUACUUCAAUGGAGCUCCGCAGGAUCGUUUUUCAUAUUUGCUGGCAUUUGUGGUUCGACUGUUCUGUUUGUUGCGAAGCUGGUCCCGGAGACUAAGGGGCGAACUCUAGAAGAAAUACAAGCAUCGCUUUCCCUUUUUCAGCAACCAAAAAGAUAAGAGAGAUGCACAAUAUUCUACAAUAGUCACAUGGGUAAGGGCCGAAACAAUGUGGGAAUGUAGGCCCCACCCCAUGUAAGUGUGUUGUAGAAUAUUGUGUUUCAGCAGCUGGUUUGUUUGGCAACCACAUACUUAAACCGAAAAUAAGUGUCAAUGUUGUAAGUUUGAAUAACAAGAGAAACUAAUAUUAUUGCGUUAAUGCCAAUUGUAUUCUUUAUGUGACUGAAUUGACUCCAAAUAAAUAGGAAGAAGCCUUAAAGACAA